AUUGAGCCCCUCAGUUGCGUCUCGUCUUUCACGGUGUUUGGUUCUUACAUCGGCUCCUCAAAUCACUCAACCUCAACCUCUCUCUCUCUCUCUCUCUUCCACCGGCGAUAACACGCCUAUCGAGAAAAACAUGUCGUAUCAUGGAAAAUUACAACUACUCGGCAGAGCGUGCCUUGCAUUGGGUAGCACGUGCGGGAAGAACGAGAGCAUUUCGUGUCUCGCCGUCGCCAGCAUUGCCGGCAGCAGAAACUUCUCCGUGGGUCGCGCGCUCGAUAUGAGGUUCGUUCAGUUCACAAGUAAAGAUGGUGGCCCGCAACAUCUUGGGGUCCAACUGAAGCAGGGAGGUGAUAUCAUCGCCGUAUCCGCCGUUGAUUCGCGGAUACCAAACACACUGAAAAAAUUUCUGGAGGGCGGUGAUGAUCUUCUCAAAAAGGCCAAGAGGGACGACGAUUUCGACCUAAGGAAGGCAGUAGAGAGAAUAGUCGCCGAGGGACGGAGCAUCAUGCCUGAGGCCGACGUAAACCUCCUAGCGCCGAUCACGCGCAUGGACAAGCUCGCCUGCAUCGGCCUCAACUACAGCGGACAUUGUCAGGAGCAAAAUAAACCGACUCCGGAAAGUCCAAUAGUCUUUAGCAAAUUUCCCAGCAAUAUAAUCGGGCCGCAAGACAACAUCCUGCUGCCGCAGAUCUCGGACAAGAUCGAUUGGGAAGCCGAGCUGGCGAUAGUGAUCGGUAAAACAUCCAAAGGCCUUAGUAAUGACAACGUCGAGGAUUGCAUCUUUGGUUACACAAUAGCACAGGAUAUAACAGCGCGCGACUGGCAGAAACAGAAGCGGAAUGGCGGUCAAUUCCUGCUUGGCAAAGCGAUGGACACGUUUUGUCCCCUCGGCCCAGCCGUGAUCACUAAGGAGGCGAUAUGCGACAUCAAUAAUCUGUCUGUGAGAACAUGGGUGAACGGCAAACUGAAACAAGACGGCAACACUAGCGAGCUCAUCUUCAAACCUCAAGACAUAGUCGCUUAUCUUUCUCAGUUUGUGACGUUAUUACCAGGCGACGUGAUUCUUACCGGCACACCAGCCGGUGUCGGAUUCACGCGUAAUCCACCCGAAUAUUUGCAGCGUGGCGAUGUACUUGAAACCGAGAUCGAGAGUUUGGGACGUCUGAGAAACAAAGUAAUCUGAUCUAAGAGACAGACUACACCUUUGGAAAGCGUUAACAGAACUUCGUGAUCCUCACAAGACUGGACCUACGUUCCUUCAGGGGUCGACAUCUGCGCAGUUGAAUUAAUUCAAGAGCCAUAAAUGGGAUCUCGAUACGUAUGCAAAAAUAGGUACUCGAACAACACCAAUAAUUUCAAUGCAAUUAUGAUGUUCUUUCCAGAAGAAACAUUGCCCUCCUUUUCAGGGUACAAACAGAAAAUCGAGCGCCUAGUAACAUCGUAAACAAUAACGCUAACUUUUUAUGUGUCACAUAUUUUACAUACUUGUAUAAUUAAAGCAAAGUUGUUUCUA